AUGUUGAAGCUACUGGUCCUUGUAUAUUUAUCCACUUUGUCUGAAUCACUAAUAGAUGGAGAAAUGGAACUUAUGCUUGUCCAGGCGGUAUGGCGACAUGGAGAUCGAUCUCCGACAAAGACGUAUCCAACUGAUCCAUUUCAAGAUGGUAAUUGGACAUUUGGUGGUGGGGGAUUUGGUCAGUUGUCGCCGAUUGGAAUGAGGCAACAUCUAAUUUUGGGAAAACUGUUGCGCAAAACUUAUGUUGAUAGUGGUUUCCUUUCCAAGAGAUAUUCUUCAAAAGAGAUCUAUAUUCGCUCAACCGAUGUGAACCGAACGAUAAUCUCUGCCAUGUCGAAUCUUCUUGGUAUGUAUGGUCAAGAUACCGGCGACAGCGUUGCUGGUGAAGAUUACCCUGACCCUGAUGUACAGGGAUGGCCGCGAGGAUAUGUCCCCAUUGCUAUUCAUACAGUUGACGAUGACACCGACUAUAUCGGUAACCCUGAUGCGGUUUGUCCCCGACAGGAUCAACUGUGGGAAAUGGCCAAGAGUUCUCCCGAGUUGCAAGCUUUUCAGAAUCGCCCUGAUGUUGCACAACUGCUCGGAAAGUUGUCUGUCUACUGCGGAGAAAAUGUUACAAUUGAUAAUUUGUGGAUCAUUCAGGAUGCAUUAUUUAUUGAGCAAAUGCAUGUGAAUGAAACUUUAAGGAAAGUGAACUUAUGGUUUAGCGAUGAAUUAUACAAUCAAAUCACUUUGGUCAACGACGAUGUCGAACUUUAUCAAAAUGGACUCUUUGGCAAGCCUGUAAUUAUGAACAGUCUCGAUGUUGGCCUGGAACUCCAAAAAAUUCGUGGCGGAUCCCUGAUCAACGACAUCAACAUGCACAUGAAUAUAAAAGUAGAUUGCAUGCGAGCACCAGCGAAUGACCCAAAGUGCAAAUGGAUCAAUGGCCUCAAAUACUACGCUUAUUCAGCUCACGACACCACAAUCUAUGCGUUCUUCUCUAUAAUGGGCAUUGCUCAGAAAGUGAUACGACCGAGAGGUUAUCCACUCUACUCAGCGGCAACCUUUAUAGAGCUGUGGUGGAACAGGACGGAUAAUCAGCCAUAUUUCAAGCUAUACUACCAUGCAAGCGAAAAUAAUGUUACAAUCUAUCCUAUAACCGAUCAAGUCGACACUUGUGGUGGAAAAUUGUACUGUAAAUUGGAUGUAUUCCGCAACAUCUCAGCUACAGCGAAACCUGACCAGCCCAUGGAUAAGGUUCUGGUGUCUGGUGGAUCCACGUCAGUCUGCGUCAUCAUGGACUAUGUUGAUUUCAGGUAUCAUAAUAGUUACAACAAGUGCAAAUCGAAGUUAUGA